ACUACGAUUAUUUUAAACAAAAACCGGAUGCGAGAGGGGCACUUGGAUUUACCGGUAUCCAAAAGUGUACGUCGGCAUUACGAAUCCUUGCUUAUGGUAACACUACCGACAUCAACGACGAGUAUCUAAAAAUGGCGGAGAAAACAACACGAGACAGCUUGGAGCAUUUUUGUCGCGGUAUAAUUGAUGUGUACGGUGCGCGUUAUCUUAGAACGCCCACAUGGGACGACCUUCAAAAGAUCUACGAGGUACAUAAUGCUGAGCAUGGUUUGCCUGGUAUGAUCGGGAGCAUAGAUUGCAUGCAUUGGCGUUGGGAUAACUGCCCGACUGCAUGGCGAGGCCAACACACACGUGGUAACCAAAAAGGACCCACUAUUAUUCUUCAGGCGGUUGCUUCACAGGACCUUUGGGUUUGGUCGGCUUACUUUGGCGUGGUCGGGUCAUGCAAUGAUAUCAAUGUUUUUUAACAAUCUCCGUUGUUAGAGGAGUGGAUUUCUGGCAAAGCUCCAAAAGCGUCGUUUUACGCAAAUGGAAACUACUACCCUCAUGGAUAUUAUUUGAGCGACGGAAUUUAUCCUAGGUAUUCGAUUUUCGUGAAGACGUAUAGUGAUCCUAUUGAUGAAAAAAGAGCAUACUUUAAAAAGGUUCAAGAGUCUUCACGAAAAGACAUUGAGAGAUGCUUUGGGGUUCUU